AAUUUAUAUUCUUUGACUAACUAAAUCUAAACUAUAGUCAUGAGUUCACCCUAUAAAUCUAAGCCUAGGUUGAAAAAGAGAACUUACAGCCGAGGAGGAUGUGUAGAGUGCAAGAGAAGGCGAAUGAAGUGUGAUGAAGGUAAACCCUUUUGUCAUCAAUGUACUAGAUUAAGUAAACAAUGUGUAUACCCCCCUAAACAGCCUAUAAGAUUUGCGGUGAAUUCAGCUGGUCCAACGGUACCGAAUUCCUUACCGGAUUUAGUAUUUAAACCUAUAGAGACCUCUAAGGAUAUGAUUACUGUAAUACCUCAUCCACCACCUCAUCUACCAGUACCUCAUCCACCGCCUCAAUUACAACCUCCACAUCCUCAACCACCACAACCAAUACCUCCCCAAUCUCAACCAAUACCCAUCCCCGUUAAGAAAUUCAAGAAUUCUAUUUCAGAUAUCCUUACUAAUGAAUCACUAAGUACUCCUAUAAUAUCUCAAUUCGAAGAUAAAGAUAUAAAAUACUUAUUUGAAGAAGCUAGUCUCCUAGUUAAUGAUCUUAAUGGUUUAGUUCCUAUUGAUUUUCUUGAUAUUGGUCCAGCUACAAAUACUCCAAAUAGUAUAUCUAUUAAUAAUACAGAUCCAGAAGUUCAAUUGACAGCUUUAGGUAAUGGAAGUAGUAGUGAUACAAGUACUCGAUCAGAAAAGCAUGAACGAUUAAAUUUUCAAAUUGAUGAAUUCUCUAAUAAGAUAAAACUUAAUUUAUCACCUGAUGAUGCGGAUAGUCCAUUAUAUUUUCAAGAAUUUAUUAAAAGUGAUCAAGAUUUAUCGAUAUCCAAUAGUGAAUUAAUUUCAAGAACUUUAAGACAUUAUCAUCUUGAUGGACCUCAUGAAACUUAUCUUAAUUCAUUAACUCAAACAGAUAUUUGUUUACAUUUAUAUCCCUUUGCAUCUUCAAUUGAAUCAAAUGAAGUCAUUAAAAUUCUUUUAAAAUAUCUGAAUAAUUGUCCUUAUCUUUUAACUUCUUUACUAGCUAUUUCUGCAACUUUCCAAUAUAAUAAAUCUUAUAAAAAGAUUCAUGAACUGAGCUUUCAAAAAUAUCUUACGGUAUGUUUACAAACUUUAGGUGAUGCAUUUACUGAUAAAAAUCCUCAUAAGAAUGAAGCAAAUGAUAUUGAAAAAUUAUUAUUAACUGUACUUGUUUUAGCAUCUAAUUUUGCAGCUACAACUUCAAUUAGAAAUUUUAAACAUAAUUGGAAAACUCAUUUACGAGGAGCCAAAGAUUUACUUAUGAAUUAUUUAACUUUAACAACCAGAAAUAAUUCUUAUAUGACUGGAGGUUUAGCAUUAGCUAAAUGUUGGUUUUAUACCAUAGAAACUAUUGCUGGAUUAAUAUCUCCAUUAGGUGGAACCAUUAAUAGUGUUAUAAGAAGUGGUACAGGUGAUCAAGAACGAGUAUUUUCAAAUGAAAAUGAUAAUAUACUUUAUAGUGAUGUUGCAUACUUUGAUAAAGAAAUAAAUCCGGGAUAUCAUGAUGCAUUAAUUAGAAUAGGUUUAUUAAUAAAACCUCAAAAGGGUUCAAAUCUGAGUGAAUUUAAUUUAUUUCUUGGAUUUACACUUAAAUUAGUUUAUUCAGUAACUGAAAUGAUUAGGGCCUUGGAUUUAUUACGAGCUAAUCCAUCUAUACAAAUAAAUUCUUCAACUAUUUCUAAAAUCUUUUCAUUAGUUGAUCAAGCUAGAAAUGAAAGAAUAGUUACGGGAGUUAAUGAGAAUAAUUUCUCAAUUCCAGAAAAUAGUCCUGGUCAUCCAGCAUAUCCAUUAAAUGCUCCUGAUAAAAUUACUUUACCUCAAUCAUGUUAUUGUAGAUAUGUAACAUUUACUAAUCAAGUUAUAUAUUAUUCAUGGUUUGAUUUAUCUCAUCAAUUACAUUGUUUAAUCAUUUAUUUAAUGUUAUUAACCACAAAGGGAUUACUUGGUCUACCUCGUGAACAUGCGUUGGUAGAAGAAUUAGUUGAAUUCAUGUUAAAUUCAUCAUUUUUUAUAAGAUCUAAACAAGAAUUCAGUCAAGAUUAUAAUAAAGAACAAUCUAAUAUAGUUGAAGAAACAGAAAAUUAUUAUUUAUCUCAACAAAUCUUUGACUUACGAGCCACUAUGGUGGUUGUACCAUUAUCAUUUUGUUGUAGAUAUGCUCGAUCACCUCAACAAUUUGAAAAAUUAGAGUUAUACUUUUUAGGAAUUCGGAAAUUGGGUCAUGGCAGUGCCCAGGGAGCAUUGGAUUUCUUAUAUAAACAUAGAGAUAAUAAUGUCCUGGUAGAUCAACUUCAUGAUGAUUUAGAUAUUCUACCAUUUGCAUAAUAAAAUAAAUGUAUAGAAUAUAUAGACUAUGUAGGCUAUGUAGGAUCGGAAAUUCGGCAAGUUUUACCGAACUCCAAUUGAUGCAAAAUAAACGACAGGAACGAGGACGUGCGUAUGCCCACAUAGUUUUUUUUUCAGUUAACCCAUAACAAGAAA